UCCGGUGCCACAAAUGAAGGUGCAUUCGCUGCUGCACGUUUCUUUGUCGGUAAUGCAGCCGCUUGCUUUUCGACCUCGGUACCUCUUUUAAUCAACGAGAUCGCAUACCCUUCUCAUCGUGGUAUCUGUGGGGCAUUGUACAAUUGUGGAUGGUACGUGGGCGGACUCAUAGCUGCUUUCCUCACUUACGGCACUCGCAACAUGGGCAACUCCUGGUCAUGGAGGACCUCCUCUCUACUCCAGGUCUUAGUCCCCUUUCUCGCCCUGCCCGCUCCGAUCGUGGCCCCACAGAGCCCAAGAUGGCUCGUUUCUAUGGACCGUACCGAAGAAGCACGUCAAGUCCUGACAAAGUGGUACGCCGGUGAUGAUCAACAAUCGCAGCUAGUCAACUACGAGAUGAUCCAGAUCAUCACAGCUAUCCAGCAAGAAAAGAAUGCGACCUCCAGUGCAAGCUACGCCGAGAUGUUCAAAACCCCCGGCAACCGUCACCGUCUAUUCAUUUGGGUCACCCUUGGUUUCUUUGGCCAAUGGGUCGGCAACGGUGUGGUCUCGUAUUAUCUCGCGCUUGUUCUGGAGACUGUCGGCAUCACAAACGUCACAGAUAUGACCCUCAUGUCGGGUUUCCUGCAACUAUGGAACCUGAUAUGGUGUGUCGUGGCGGCGUUCUCGGUCGAUCAACUUGGUCGUAGGCCUCUCUUCCUUACUUCGGCCGUCAUCAUGGGAGUUUCGUACGUCUUGGUGACAGGCCUCUCCGGAUCUUUCGCAUCGAACCAUACUCCUACGGUCGGCAUUGCAGUCAUUCCGUUCUUAUUCAUCUUCUUCGCUGGCUACGACAUCGCGCUCACACCUCUUGUCAUUUCAUAUCCUUGUGAGAUCUGGCCAUAUCGUCUCCGUUCUCGUGGCCUGACUGUUACCAAUGUCAGUACAGUUGUAACCAUUACAUUCAACACGUUUGUCAAUCCUAUCGCCCUCGGAAGUAUUGCAUGGAAGUACUAUAUCGUUUUUGUAGUCGUGUUGAUCCUGUAUGGCGUCACGGUCUUCUUGGCCUACCCGGAAACAAAAGGACAUUCGCUCGAGCAGAUACCUGUUUUGUUUGAUGGUGCCACGGCCGAGGCGCCGGAACCAGGCCAGACGGCGGAGAGAUCUGCCAGCAUGAUAUCAAAGGGCGACGAGAAGGAGGAUGUAGUUAGGGUCGAGAGAGUAUGA